AUGGGCGAGCUUUUCGCGGAAACAUAUAUGAGCGAUUCAAGUGAAAACGAAGAUCAAGAUCAAGAUCAACCGCCCGAACUUCUCUUCCGAAACCCUUGGAAACGAAAGGAAACAAACAAAACUGAGCAGAAUGCUACGGUCGUGGAUAGAGCUUUAACAUUAGAGUCUCUGAGACACUAUGUCUCACAGGAUGGGGCCCUGUUGCAUAGUAUCGGGAAUCUCAGAUGGACUUGUUUAUUCGACUCAGACUGUGGCAUGGAUGGUGAACAUAUCACAAGAGAGCGACUCGGAGAUAAAUCUGAACCAUAUCAAUUCUCUGAAAAGCUAAUGAAGCAGAUGUCAUCUAUGAUCUUUACCGAUAAAUCCGAUACAGAUGCAUCAAGUCCAGGGGUAGUAGUGAUUCCAGAGCAAGAUUUGGAUUUUCUGCGAACAAAUCUGCGAUACGUAUGUUUGUCCACUUUACGGAACUUGCAUCGACCAGGAGACGAACAUGCAACAGGAGAUGAAUGUCCAUCCAAGACAUUCCCUGCCGGUCAUACAGUCAGUCUCAUUAACGAACAAGAUGCGUAUCUAAUCAACGAUGCGUUAUCGUUGUACGAUCAUGAUCCCAAUAUGUGUUCGUCCAGGGACAGAAACAUUAUCAAUAGAUUCCAAUGGUCUUCGUUAGUACCGAUAAGAUACCGUACAAUGGCCAUCGAAUUUACCAAUUUUACCACUCCUGGCGAUAACGAUGAGCGUCUAAACACAUAUUGUGAUGAAUUCGAUUUGAGAUCCCUUGGCGAUGUACCAGUGGCCUACACGAUCACCACGAAGUUUGUCGAUCUGAGUCAAGCGGAGUUGGAUUUUUUCAUUGAAGCGAGGAAAAGAGGUGAAUUCACAGGGGAUCAUCCCGGCUAUUUUACUCCUAGAAGUCUACCUCCGCCACCCACUACUCCAAGUACAAUCUAUACAGAUGGAUGUUCUACACCCGUAUCACCAUGCUCAUCACCGGGAUGCGAUUAUAUGAUUUUUGAUCCCGAACCACCUGAUCUUGUUUAA